UGUAGGCAGGUUAGCUAGCCAGCUAGCUGCCCUUCCCUCUCUGCUGUCAGAUUUUUGUUACAAAUUUAGGUGCACUGUGUUAAAACUGAGUAGUCCGUUGAAAAAAGUAAUCGCGUUACAGUGGACCGUUGUUGUGUUGUUGCGCACGGUCAACUGAUAAAUAUUACCGAUCCGAACUGUCAUUUCUCGUGAGUGUAGAUUUCAAAAGCUAGUCAGCUACGUUUCAUUGACUGGAAUCUCCAAUCCAGAGAGGCCUCUCCCUUCUUUUAACAGGAGUGGAAGAGGCAACAACAUCAUUAUAGCUAGCUGGCUAGCAGCUAACUAACAUAUUUUCUGAGAUUUUAUGUAGUAUUAGCUGUACGACUUUCUAGAUAGUUUCUGGGAAAUUGACGUUACUCUGCUUACUCGGUGGUUAUUGCAUGUAGGAUAGUAGCCAGCUAUUUAGCUAACUAUCUAGCAGUAGCUAGCUAAAUGGCGUCAGAUACCAGUGACACAGAAGAAUUUUAUGAUGCUGCGGAAGAUGUCAAUUUGACUCCCUCUCCAAACGUGUCACCUGCAAAGUUUGUUCUUCCUUCAACCAAGGAGAACGAGGAGAGCCCAACACAGCCCCCCCAGGACCCCCGCUCUGAUGACUCCUUCCAGAUCAUUGACAGCAUCAUCCAGCAGAGCCAGCAGGAGAGCAGUGUGGAGGAGUCCCUGCUGACAGAGGAGAGAGAGGAGAGGGAGAAUGGGGAGGACGGGGGGGCCGCCGGCGAACAGGACGACGGGCCGGUGAGCCUGGGGGCGGGGCCGCCGGAAGCCCCGCCCCCUGAGGAGGAACCCGAAGCGGAGAGCCCGGUCGCAGAGGAGCCGAGCGUGGAGACGGACGGGCAGCAGGACCCCGGCCCCGGGGCGGUGGGAGAGCCCGAGGGCGUGAGGCCCCCUGACAUCACCAGCGCCCUGGUGCCGGAGCAGCCCCCGGGCUGCGCUCCGGAGGGCGAGGACCACAAACGGGCCGACAUCCUGGAGCAGGUCUCUCUGGCCGAUAAGCUGUCGGACCCCGACCCCUCGGCCCCCCGGAAGCCCCCCCGGCAGUGCACGGUGGAGCCGGACAUCGUGGCCAGCACCAAGAAGCCCCCGCCCAUCCGCCCGCCCCCGCCUGCCGGAGCCCCCCCGCCCCGGCCCCCGCCCCCCUCCCGCCCCGCACCCCCGCCCCGCAAGAAGACCCAGGAGGGCCUGCGGCCGUCGGGGCUAGAGGUCUCUGCAGAGCUGACGGAGCCCUCUGGCCUGGUGUCCCCCAGCACUGCGGUGGAGAGCAUCACCAAGGAGCUGCAGCACUCUCUCGACCUGGCCAGCGCCACCAGCGGAGACAAAGUAGUGACCGCCCAGGAGAGCGGGAAGGCGGCGGACGGGCAGAACUCCGCCGCGGCGGGCGGAGAGGCGGCGGGCCCCCAGCGCCCGCGCUCCAACUCGGGACGAGAGAUGACCGACGAGGAGAUCCUGGCGAGCGUGAUGAUUAAAAACCUGGACACGGGGGAGGAGAUCCCGCUGAGCCUCGCCGAGGAGAAGCUGCCCACGGGAAUCAACCCUCUCACGCUCCACAUCAUGAGGAGGACCAAAGAGUACAUCACGAACGAUGCGGCUCAGUCGGACGAUGAAGAUAAGUCUCAGUCCAACCUCACGGACUCCGACGGAGGAAAGCUCAAGCAGAAAACCACGCAGCUGAAGAAGUUCCUGGGGAAGUCGGUGAAGAGGGCCAAACACCUGGCGGAGGAGUACGGAGAGAAGGCCGUCAAUAAGGUGAAGAGCGUCCGCGAUGAAGUCUUUCACACUGACCAAGACGACCCCUCCUCCAGCGAUGAUGAGGGCAUGCCUUACACCAGGCCCGUGAAAUUUAAGGCAGCCCACGGCUUCAAGGGCUCUUUCGACUUCGACCAGGUCCGCGUGGUGCAGGACCUGAGCGGGGAGCACAUGGGAGCAGUGUGGACCAUGAAGUUCUCUCACUGUGGAAGGCUGCUGGCCACGGCGGGACAGGACAACGUGGUGCGGAUCUGGGUCUUAAAGAACGCCUUCGACUACUUCAACAACAUGAGGAUCAAGUACAACACAGAAGGUCGGGUCUCUCCUUCCCCCUCCCAGGAGAGCUUGAACUCGUCCAAGUCGGACACAGACGGGGUCAGCGGCGCCACGGAGGAUCCCGACACGGAGGACCGGAACGUUCCUUUCCGACAAGUCCCCUUCUGCAAGUACAAAGGGCACACGGCUGACCUCCUGGAUCUGUCCUGGUCAAAGAACUACUUCCUGCUGUCUUCAUCGAUGGACAAGACUGUUCGGCUGUGGCACAUAUCCAGAAGAGAGUGCUUAUGCUGCUUUCAGCAUAUAGACUUUGUGACCGCCAUCGCUUUCCACCCCAGAGACGACCGGUACUUCCUGAGCGGCUCGCUGGACGGGAAGCUCCGGCUCUGGAACAUUCCGGAUAAGAAGGUGGCCCUGUGGAACGAGGUGGACGGGCAGACGCGCCUCAUCACCGCCGCCAACUUCUGCCAGAACGGGAAGUACGCGGUCAUCGGCACCUACGACGGCCGCUGCAUCUUCUACGACACGGAGCACCUUAAGUACCACACACAGAUUCACGUACGCUCCACCCGUGGGAGGAACCGCGUCGGCCGCAAGAUCACCGGGAUCGAGCCGCUGCCUGGAGAGAACAAGAUUUUGGUGACCUCUAAUGAUUCCCGGAUUCGCUUGUAUGACCUGAGGGAUCUGUCUCUGUCCAUGAAGUACAAGGGCUAUGUGAACAGCAGCAGUCAGAUAAAGGCCAGCUUCAGCCACGAUUACUCGUUCAUCGUAAGCGGUUCGGAAGACAAAUAUGUUUACAUCUGGAGCACGUACCACGACUUGAGCAAAUUCACUUCUGUGCGACGGGACCGCAAUGACUUCUGGGAAGGAAUUAAAGCCCACAACGCGGUGGUGACGUCGGCCAUCUUCGCUCCGAACCCCAGCCUGAUCGUGUCCCCGGAGGCCAGCAGCGUGGAGAAGCCCGAGGCGGAGAUCAAGAGCACGGACCCGGCGGACGGCGAGACCAUCCCCUCAGGUGCCCUGAAGACCGACCACACUGAAGUCCUCCUCUCCGCCGACUUCACUGGAGCCAUCAAAGUGUUCGUUAAUGUGAAAAAGUAUUAAGCACAAACACCCACACUCAGUCCCACCCCGGUCGCUUCCUGCCCUCCCCCUCCCCCAGACUUAAUGACGGUGGAGUGCCCGCGUCCCGUGUUUCAGAACACGCGAACGUUCGCUCUGCGGGUGUGAGUCACGCACUGCCCUGCGCGUGGAGUGUCUCCAUGUUCACUGGUCCCCCAGGCUCGUGGAGGUGUGCGUGAGGUCUCCCCGCUCACCAGGAUGACGUGUCGAAUGAGAAAAAUACAAAAAGGAACCUGUCGGUUGAAACGGUGUUACAGACAGACAUGUCACUUUGCCUUCUGUUAUUACUUUUUUGGCGUUCAUUUUGAUUUGGUUGG